ACAGCGCGGAGCAUGCGCAGAGCUCGCAGCAGACAGACAGACGGAGAGAGCUGGGCAUGCGCAGUGCGCAGUUAGCGCCAACCGUUGGGAGUGGAGUAACGGCGGCGGCUCGAGCUUCAGGUGACAGACUCCCCCGGGGGGAGCUUUUCAGUACUUAAAGACGUUAAGACAUCAAUGCUAAUGCAAUGGAUACCAAGGCACUGACAGAUGAAGAAUUGAAGGAACAUCUGAUGAAAUAUGGAAUCACCCCAGGUCCUAUUGUGGCCAGCACCAGGAUGGUUUAUGAGAAGAAGCUGUUGAAGUUGAUGGGCCAGGGUCCAUCCGUGCCUCCGCUGAAGCAGAACGGCACUGGAGAUCUCGACCAGUACUCGGACAGCGAAGAGGAAGAUGACUUCCCUCCUGAGGGUGCUGCAGCAAGAGUUACUGUGUCAGAAUCCUCGUACCUGAGACAAACCAUAACUCAAAAGGGGGCCACGGUGAACAGGUCAGGUCAAGUUCAGGUGGAUGGGGGAAAGGAUGUGCUGAGCAAGACGCUUACAUCUGAAGUAGAUUCUCCAUUGGGAAUCAGUGCAACACGUCGAAGACCUAUCAAGGGAGCGGCAGGCCGACCAGUCCAGUACAGAUACGAUGAUCUGCUGACCCAGGCGAAGGAGAGGAGCUCGGCCACAGCCAAGAGAGACGCCAGCCCAGCCCCGCGCCUCGUGCCCGUGUGGCUGCAGCUCCUGCUGUUCAUCAUGGUGGUUUUCUUCCUCUUCCUGGUCUAUCAGGCCAUGGAGAGCAAUCAAGAGAGCCCCUUUGCCUACUUCAUUGAGGACUCUCGGAACCAGGUGGCAUCUCAGCCAGACCAGUUGGAAUCACAGGCAUCUCCCGACCUCAAUCCCCAGGCAGCUCAAGAGUAGAUCAGUUCACCCAAACAGACGCCUGUCUGUCAGUCUGUCUGUCUGUCUGUCAGUCAGUCCCUGAUUUUUUUUUCAAGUAAUGUUUUAAAUAUUAAAAUGCCCUUUGAGCUUUCACUUGUUUUAUACAUUGGGUAUCUAUGACCUUAUGUCAGCCAGUUACAUCUCUAUUGAAAAAUGCCUUGAUAUGUUGAAAUAACUUUUUUUCUUCCCCCCCCCCCCCCCAUGUUUCUUCCCUUUUUUGCUUCCUCCCACCCCCAUCUCAAGCCAUUGUGGUGAGGAACACUGUUAUCUAGUUAGGUUAAGAAGUUGUGUGGAAGGGGAUGUGGGAAUGUGGUGGGUUAGCAGGAUAGUGACGUUUUCUCGUGUUGUCUGUUUGGUAUCGUGAUUUCGCUCCUUCCCCCCUAACAUCCCUCUCCUCCUUGACCUACCCAGAUCCCAAAUCAGAUGUUACAAACUUUUACAGCGCGUUUGCAUCGCACGAGGCACUCCAAAUCUCCGACAUGGUACACACUGGUCAUUUGUGGAGUCCUGUGGUUAGAGCUCUCGCCUCGCAAGCGAGAGGACCCGGGUUCGAUUCCCGGGCAGGGCGAAACCUUAGGCAUGUUUCCUUACUCCACACACACGCCUCUGUUUACCUAGCAGUGAGUAGGAACCCGGUUGUUAGUCGAUGGGCGGGUCGCUUUUCCGGGGGUAAUAAUCCCUUCAACACUUCAUUAAAAAAAAUAAUUUGGUCGCUCAAUCCACCACUGUUUGUGGGACACUGCUGUGCGCAAAUGACUGCCACGUUUCGCCCACGAAAAUAUACAGUCAAUUCACUUUACAGCAUAUCCUGUGUAGCGCUUUGAGAUGUGAUGAGGUUCAGUAUCAUAUCGAGGGAUUAUUAUUAUUAAUUUUCUUUUGAUCAUUUCUUCAGUGACAGACACUGGGGUAUAUAUAUAAAAAACUUUUUUACAAUUUGAAAUUUGUUGUUGUGAGUACAGUUACUUAGCGUAAAAUUUCAUGUGUGUUCAUCGCCUUAUAAAUGCCUUUUCCUUGUGUUCUUUAUAUUUAGGGCAUUGUAUGUAAGAGUGUUUUUUAAAUCCAGACUUUUAUUA